AUGGCGUCUAAACAAAAGCAUGCGCGAAUUGAUUUCACGGCAAAUGCGAUCGAGAAGGAGGUUAUGGACAACAACUUGAUACUGUUGUUAAUUUCAAAAACAGUGUCAAGUUGAAACAACUACGAGAGGCUCUUGCUGUUUUUAAGGGGAAAGCACAAUUUGACGUCGUAGGCAUGCAUGCUCUGAUGUUUGGCUUUAACACGAUCAUGUGGAUUUUAUUUUCGAUUCGACAUGUGCCGAAAGUCUUUUCGCGAUACAAGAACACACGUUUCACAAUUAUUUCUCGAAUAGUUAAGUAUUUGUGCCCGGAAAGUUCGUUGACAGACGUUGUUGUCGAAGAGAUUCUGGACAUCUUGGAGAAAUUUGCACCAAAUAUGCCAUUAGCGGAAACAUAUUCAAAUGACUUUGACGAUGCACUCAAAGCUGUCACGAAAGCGGAAGAAAUGUUUCUGGUCUCCUUGCACCGCCUGUAG